AUGUUCUACAACACAAACAAAAAAUCAAUUUCAAAGGAAAAGGGAAAAUUUCUGAUUAUCCCAGAGUCAAACUGUGACGAUGACCCUCCAUUCAUUGUCUACCUGGUGACGGUCUCACAUUCUCAAUGGAAGGAGCGUUCUGCUAUCCGACAAACAUGGGGCAAAGAUCUCCGCCCAAAUGGGAAAAGGACAGUCGCCUAUUUCCUCUUGGGAUACAAUACGAAGUACCAGUCCAUGAUCUUGAAUGAAAGCCUCUACUACAAUGAUAUAAUCCAGAAGAACUUCACUGACACGUACCAUAAUCUCACACUGAAAGUAAUGAUGGGAAUUGAGUGGGUUCAUGAAUUCUGCCCAUCUGUGUCUUUUGUGAUGAAAACUGACUCUGAUAUGUUUGUAAAUACUUAUUACCUGACUGAACUUCUAUCUCAAAAGAACUGGACACAGUUGUACACAGGAUUUAUCAAGAAUAAGGAGAAGCCUAUCAGGUACAAACUGAGCAAGUGGUACUUGACAAAGGAGGAGUAUCCUGAAAGCACCCUUCCACCUUUUUGUUCAGGAACUGGAUAUGUUUUCUCGGGUGACCUCACUGGAAAAAUCAUCGCUGUUUCGAAGCAAAUUCCGAUCCUAAAGCUGGAAGAUGUCUACCUCGGGCUGUGUUUUCAAAAGUUAAAUGUCACUCCAGUGCAGUUAAACUCAGCUCAGCCUUUCCAUGCCAGAAAAGUGGAAUUCUCAAUCUGUAACUUUCACAAACUGGUGACCUCCCAUCAAGUCAGCCCAGUCGAGUUGUUGAUUUACUGGAAAACAUUGGAAGAAAACAGCAAAGAGGAAUGCUUGGAAAAAAUGGAGGAAUUUCGAUGGGCAUGAUUAAAUAAUGUGAGGGCAAAUCAAACUCAAAAAUAAGAAAUGAUCCUUUUAAACCAGUGUUCUGUGCCACAAAUUUUAUACUUUAAUACAGUAGGACGUGCCAAAGUGUUUUACAGAAAAACAAGAUAAGGAAAGAUUUUUUUCCCCUAUGAAGAGAGGUUGAAUAGACUGGGUUCCUUACCUUUAGUGCAGAGGAGACUGAGAGGGCACAUGAUAAAGAUGCAUAUAAUUAUAAGCACCAUAGACAAAGUAAACAGGAAGUAACAUUUCCGCUUGAUGGAGGGAAAAAUGACCUGGGACUUGUAAGGGCAGAAGGUUUAGAAGGAUUUGAGGAAAGGUUCUUUCACUCAGAAAUGUAGGAAUUGUGAACUCUCUGCCUGAAAGUGUGCCAUAGGCAGGAAUUCUCAUAACAUUUACAAAGUAUUUAGAAGUGCACUUGUGAUGCCAAGACAUACAAGACUAUGGGCCAAGUGCUGGGAAAAGGUAUUACAAUAAUUGGGUCUUUGUUUUUACCAGCACAGAUAUGAUGGACUGAAGGGCUUUUUUCUGUUCUGUAAACCAAAAUGACUCUAUUUCUAUAAUCUUAUCCUGCAAUCUCCCAAUCUACAUAACCUCCUGUAGCCCUGCAACCCUUCAUGAUAAUAGUGCACCAUAAUUCUGUAACCAAUCAAUUUUAAUGACUUCACCAUUCACUGGCUGUACUUUCA